AGGGAGAGCGAUGGUCAGUCAGUUGCCAGCGAUGCUGUCGGUGAUUCAACUUGUACUUAUCGCAGGUGUAAGUCAUGCUUGGAAGUACUCUCCUACUGACAAGCCUGAAGGGUGGCCAGGAUUAUGUAUUGAUGGCACCAGACAGUCGCCUAUAGACUUAGUCGCAGAAACAGCUGAGCGCUUUGUGGUUGAGCCUCUAGAGUUUUUCAACUUCAAAAGCCUUAAUGGGACCCUAGAAAACAACGGUCAUUCCAUUGCCAUUCAUUUUGAUGAGGACCAUUGUGACUCUGGGGUGACUGGAGGAAUGUUGCGAGGACUUUACGUCCUACAUGAAAUGCACUUCCAUUGGGACUCGGAACACACUGUAAAUGGAGACAGGUUCCCUCUGGAGUUACAUCUCGUCCAUUACAACAGCAAGUACUCAAGUUUCAGUGAGGCUAUACACCAUCAUCCACAAGACGCCCUAGCUGUUGUUGGGGUUUUGUUUGAGGAGUCAGAGAACGGAACAGAGGCCUUGGAUCCAUUUCUGGAAGUAGUGAAAGGAAUAGCUGGCCGAACUGGGUUGAAAGACCGUCUCCCUUCUCACUUCAACCCUUUAGACUUCCUGCCAGAGGUCAGGAGCAGCUUCUACAGGUAUUCUGGGUCACUAACAACCCCACCUUGCGAUGAGAUUGUCACCUGGACCAUCAUGGAGACCAAAGUGCCUGUGUCUAAAGAACAGAUGGAAAUUUUCAAGCUAGUCCACAUUCCUGGACAUGACAAUGACCCAAUGGACUUCAACUAUCGCAGACUUCAAGACCUCAACAAGCGAGAUGUCUACCUUCUGUCAGACAAUGGAGCUGCUUCUAUAUCCUGUGCACUGAGCCUGAUAGUGUUCUGUCUGCUCAAUACUUGGCUCAGAUGAAGACGUAAACAUGUUGUUAUAAAAACAAUCAAGUAGCAAAUGUCCCAUAUUCUGUAGACAUUCAAAGGUCAAUUACCUACUAUGGGUAUUUCACAUUUGAUGCUCACCAAAGUGUGAACUAUCAACAAUCAGUGUUUGUUUGAUUUCAGAAUAGUUUAUUACCUGAAUAGAAAUAGUUUCCCACCGCAACUUUUGAUUAAACUUUCAUUAUGUUCGCUUGUCUUUAUUUGAUGGAUUAGAUGUUUAUUGAUGUUUAACAAUCAAUAAACAGUUAUGAAUACUCGUCACUGACCUGAGCUUACCUAAAUCUUUUGUUUUAUUUCCUAGUUAAUUAAAAAGAAAUAGUUAGCUAUAAAAAUUGGAGGUGGAAGGAUAUGUUCAAAUCCAAACCAUUGUGCCUUUAAAAUAAACCUCCCUUUCUCUUCUGCUGAUUCAAUACUAAAAAUGUAGGGUUCUGUCUGUUACAUCCAUGAAUUAUCUAGACAAACAUAGCUGUAGGUAUUUUAACUAACUAAAAGACAAUGUUUCAAUUUAAUAUUUCAACAUUAUAUUGCUCUUCACAUUUUUUUUUUUUUU